AUGGCAGACUUAAAGGUUGAUCUUACUGCCCCAAACGGCAAGAAGUUCACUCUCCCUACCGGUCUCUUUAUUAAUAACGAGUUCGUCAAAUCGAGCUCGGGGGCUAAGAUUACCAGCAUCAACCCGACAAACGAGCAAGAAAUAUGCUCAGUUGAAGCAGCUAGCGUCGAAGACAUCGACAAAGCCGUAGCUGCUGCGAGAGCUGCAUUAAACCACGAGUCGUGGCGAGAUAUCUCUCCGACUGAUCGCGGUAGGCUGAUGUAUAAAUUGGCGGAUAUAGUCGAACAAGAAGAGGAUAUCCUAGCUACUAUCGAGACUUGGGAUAAUGGCAAACCACUCGGCGACUCCCACGGGGACGUAGCAGAGGUCAUCAAUACCAUUCGAUACUACGCUGGCUAUGCUGACAAGAUCCACGGCGAAACUAUUCCCACCACAAGCCAGAAGUUUGCAUAUACACUGAAGCAGCCUAUCGGAGUCUGCGCUCAGAUUAUUCCCUGGAACUACCCAAUGGCGAUGGCGGCAUGGAAGUUAGGACCUGCGCUUGCCUGUGGAAACACAGUUGUACUGAAGCCUGCCGAACAAACUCCUCUAUCCAUCCUAUACCUAGCGAGUCUCAUAUCCAAAGCUGGCUUCCCUCCCGGAGUUGUCAAUAUUACCAACGGCUAUGGUAAAGAGGCUGGUCAUGCACUCGCAAGCCACCUGGACAUCGACAAGGUUGCAUUCACCGGCUCGACUGCGACGGGAAAGCAGAUUAUGAAGACAGCCAGCGUCAACAUGAAGAACAUCACUCUCGAAACUGGUGGCAAAUCUCCUCUGCUAGUCUUCCAAGACGCUGAUAUCGAGCAAGCAGCAAAAUGGGCUCAUGCCGGAAUCAUGAGCAACAUGGGCCAGAUCUGCACAGCGACCUCGCGUAUCCUCGUCCAGGAGACCAUCUACGAUAAAUUCGUAGACAAGUUCCGGGAGGAGGUCAAGAAUACGAGCAAGGUCGGCGACCCCUUCGAGGAGGGCACAUUCCAAGGCCCUCAAGUUACCAAAGCGCAGUACGAGAGGAUCCUAAGCUUUGUGGAAGCAGGUAAGUCUGAAGGGGCCACGCUGACGGACGGAGGUAUCCCCUGUCCGCUCAAUGGAAAGGGUUACUUCGUCGCGCCUACCGUCUUCACCAACGUAAAGAAUAGCAUGAAGAUUUACCGAGAGGAGGUGUUCGGGCCUUUCGUUGUCAUCGUGCCGUUCAAGACUGAAGAUGAAGCAAUCACGAUGGCGAACGACACCACCUAUGGGCUGGGCUCGGCUAUUUUUACCCAAAACCUCGAGCUUGCUCAUCGCGUCGCUGCGCGCAUCGAGGCGGGUAUGGUCUGGAUUAACUCUUCCAACGAUUCGGAUUUCAGAGUCCCGUUCGGAGGCGUGAAGCAGAGCGGUAUCGGCCGAGAGCUAGGAGAAGCUGGUCUCGCCGGGUAUAUGCAAACCAAAGCCAUUCAUGUGAAUCUAGGUCAGAAAUUGUAA